AUGUUCGUUGAACUCCUCUUUCUCUCAGUUUGUGUGGCCAGCUUCUCAGAAGCGUACGUAAAUCCCUGCACGCUUCCAAUUGAGCAGGGUCCAUGCCAAAAUUUCCUGCUGAUGUGGGGAUUCGACGCAGCCCAAAAGCGUUGCAUUCGCUUUGUGUACGGAGGUUGUCUUGGCAACUCUAAUCGAUUCUACUUCAAAUGGGGUUGUGAAUAUGCAUGUAUGCGCAGCUAG